AAGGCUCAAAGAUAUGAGGAAGACUCUACUUCUCUGGUUCCUAGUGUUGCUCACCAUCCUCACAUAUUCAGCCUGUGCAAGCAAAUCUAAUGCAGAACAUGAUGAUUCUAGGAUUUCCAAGUCAACAUUACAGCCUAGAUAUAUGUAUGGCGUGAUCAUGGGAUCAAAUGAAACAAGCAAUCAAAGAAGAGUUCCAAGAGUGAAUAAUGUACAGCAUGAUGGAAGCCUUUCACAUAUAGGAAAGCCAGUCAAUGGUGGUGGUUCAAGUGACUUGUUACGACGUCCAAAUGGCAAGAGACCUUCAAGCUCCUUUUCUAGCAAGCCUUCAUCUUUGCUCAGGGCAGCUCUCAAGCAUGUCUUCCUUGGAUUGCUUCUAUUUGCUUGCUACUAUUGAUUUCCUGGGGCCACAUGCUUC